AUGUAGGUAUCACAGAUAAGAACUCAUAUAAACUAAAUCCCAAAUAAACUGCAUGUGUGUCUUACACGUAUUUGAACGGGAAUCGUAACUGCUUGCUGUGUUUGUUCUUUUAUCUGAUUACUUUUCUGACUUGCGGUGUGUCUUAUUGUGCUCGAGUGUUGCGGCAUGCUGUUAUUAUUGUUUUAAACAUACAAAUCUUUAGUAAUUCGUUUUAUAAACACGAUAUGAUAGUUCAUAAGCUAUUACUAUAUUUAGAAAUGUUGAAUUAGACUCUGUUUAGUACCCGUUAGAGAGUGGCGUGGCCUUUAGCGAAUGAAUGGCUGAAACAUUUGAGUUUUACUUGAGCCAGAGAAAAUGUGUAUUUCUGUGAUCAGUCUGAAUUAAACAAAUGUAUCACAAAAUUCAACUUAAAUCCAGAGCUCAACUGAUCUGAAAAAAAAAAAAAAAAAAUCUAAAUGGCCAUUAAAUCCAUUAAUUCCAUGAAGUUAAAUGACAGUGCUCUGAAUAGCUUUAAUGUGUCUCUCCAUAUUAGGGCCUGCAAACAUUUAUAUCGCAUUCGCAACCUUCUCAAAAACCCACACACUUCCCAUCAGCAUUUAAUACUUGGCUUGGUAAAGUCAUGAAAGCUGUUUCCUCUCACCACUGAUCGAGAACCAGCCUUUCCACACCAAAAUAACAGUACUUAAUAUAAGUGAAUGGGCUAAACUGAACCCAGGCCAGUGUUAAAGGAAGCUUGCAACGAGAACACUUAAAAGUCUCUUGUUUCCUGAUUUUGACCCUUAGUUGCACAUGACACAAUUUUGAAACAUUAACUGGCAGUUCUGUCUCUGUGAGCGCUGCAGGCAUGCUUCUGAGAUCCUCUAUUCCCAAUCCAAUCCUCAUUUUAGCCUUGUCAGUCAUUUUGUCUCCCAUCAACCCUGUUCAGAAUAUGGUUGAGGGGGUGGAGCCUGUCAUCGGGAGGCGUGGCUUUUCAGUGAUCUGGAAUAUACCUACAGCUCGGUGUCAGUGUCAAUAUGGAGUCUCCCUGCCGCUGCGCCAGUUCAACAUCAUUCAUAACUCACAGCAGAGAUUUCAGGGUCAAAAUAUGAGCAUAUUUUAUCAGCGCCGUCUGGGUCUUUACCCCUACAUCAACCGUCAGGGCUCAAAGGUCAACGGUGGCCUGCCUCAACAAGGAUCCCUGAUGGCUCACCUCUCAUUGGCUGAGGCGCAGAUCAAUGAAGUGUUGAGACACACGUUCAGUGGAUUAGCCGUGCUGGAUUGGGAAGCAUGGCAGCCCAUAUGGAUGUGGAACUUCGGGACAAGAAUUGUAUAUAGGAAAAUUUCCAAAAAGCUGGUUAGGUGGAAACAUCCAGAUAUGUCAGAGGAGGAAGUGAAAUCCAAGGCGAAGGCGGAGUUUGAAUUAGGAGCAAGAUUGUUUAUGGAAGAGACCCUGCGCCUUGGUGUUCGCCUCUACCCAGAGGGAUUAUGGGGGUUUUAUGGGUUUCCCAGUUGCUAUAACAAUCAUGGCCAUGGACAGAGCGGAUACACGGGGCAGUGCCACAGUGGAACAGAGAUUCUGAAUGACGGACUGGCAUUUCUAUGGCAACACUCUACCGCCUUGUAUCCCAGCAUUUAUUUGUGGCGUAAGCUGGCCGGACACGCACACGCUCAACUCAUGGUGAGACACCGUGUACUUGAGGCCCUCCGAGUGGCAUCCCAGCAUUCACCUGGCACUGAAGAACUUCCUGUAUUUCCCUAUGCCAGAGUGGCGUUCACACACACAUUGGCAUUUCUGAACCAGACGGAUUUGGAGCACACACUAGGUGAGAGUGCUGCUUUAGGGGCCGCUGGAGUCGUGUUAUGGGGCGAGCUGAGUUUUGCAAAGUCUAAGCGGCAGUGUGUUCUCCUGCGUGAUUACAUCAGCUCAGUAUUAGGAGAGUAUGUUGCCGCCCUGCAGGCUGGUGUGAGGAACUGCAGUAUAAGAAUGUGUAACAACCAGGGACGCUGCGCUCGACGGGACCCUCACUCAGGUUACAUGAUCCCUCUACAUGGUACCCAUGAAGAUCUUCCUCUCAAUGACAUGAGGUCAAAGUUCAAGUGUGUCUGUUAUGAAGGAUGGAGAGGAGAACACUGCGAGCAAAGAAUUUCCUAAGAACAGAUGCGCUUUUCUGAUUUACAUUCAUUUUCACUGUGGGGAUUUUUAAAACAUCUUUGUUGAAAAAGUUGUAAGCUAUUAACCAAACCAACCAGCUACUUACUGUGUUGGUAUGGUGAAUCACAACAUUACAUAUUUUGAAAAUCGGACAAAGACCAGAGCUCAAGAGUGUACAAAAUAGAGAGUGUAUCUAGUGUAAGUGUAUGAAGACUGUUAUUUAAUUCGCAUUGCUUUAUGGGAGUGGAUGAGCACUAAAGAAGUCUUUUAUCAUGAUUGGCUUUUGAUUCUCUGAUUGGUGGAGAUUUCUUUGCAGAAUCAUGAGUAAUGUCAUUUUCCUGAUGAGAAAAUGAAUAGGAUUUUUACUUCCAGAACCAGGCUGUUGCAAUAUAACCCCACAGUGGAAAAAGUAAAGUAAUCUCAGAAAGCUAGUUGUUAUAUUUUUAAUGAAAGAUUACAAAUACUUUUUUUUUUAUUAUUUGGAAUAAUGUGCACAUGUAAAUCUUUCACAAUAAAACCAGGGC